AUGGAGCCCGUCGGCGGCGGCGGGGGCGCGUCCUCGGCGGCGGAGCGGUACCGCGCGGAGGCGGCGCGGGNNNUCCAGCACUACCUGGACCGGGCGGCGCCGCACACGGCGGGGCGGUGGGCGGGCACGCUGCUGGCCGCCGCCGUCUACGCGCUGCGGGUCUACUACGUGCAGGGCUUCUACGUCGUCUCCUACGGCCUCGGCAUCUACCUCCUCAACCUCCUCAUCGGCUUCCUCUCCCCCAUGGUCGACCCGGAGCUCGAGGCGCUCGACCAGGCCGGCCCCGCGCUCCCCACCCGCGGCAACGACGAGUUCAAGCCAUUCAUCCGCCGCCUCCCCGAGUUCAAGUUCUGGUAUGCCAUCACAAAAGCCUUCUGCGUUGCUUUUGUCAUGACAUUCUUCUCGGUAUUUGAUGUUCCUGUCUUCUGGCCAAUCCUACUCUGCUACUGGAUUGUGCUCUUUGUCCUGACAAUGAAGCGGCAAAUUUUACAUAUGGUCAAAUACAAGUAUGUCCCAUUCAGCAUGGGGAAGCAGAAGUACGGAGGAAAGAAAGGCCCAUCAACCAGUGGAUCCAAAGAUUGA